GAGAGAGAGAGCGGGAACUGCCAGGAGAUUGCCUUAUGAAGAACAGAGCGAGAGAGAGCAAGUGAUGGUUAGGAGGAGGCAGAGGUUUUUCUCCUCUUUGUUCUGUCUGAUCCAACACGAGCCACAGAACGUGUUUGCUUGACCGAGGACCGGCAUCUCUCACUGGACACAUCACCCUCGCCUGCCUGGAGCUGGGGCUGGAGCUGGGCUAGCGACAGGCUAACAGAAAGGCUAGCAGGCACAGUGGCUCUGAUGAGAGGAGGAGGAGGGGCUAAGCUGAGCCGGUGGGCUCGCUCUCUGCCUCACAGACACAUUUUAUUGACUUGCUAAUUGCCUAAGACACUCAGAGGAGAGGAUGCAGUGACUGAAGGGAGGGAAGGAACCUACUGUACAGAGGAGGAUUACAGGCAGAGGAACAGUGACUGCAUUCAGCCUAUCUGGCCACCAUCUCUGCUUCUCUUUGCUGGGGGAAUUACAACAGAUGUUUGCAGCCUGCCUUUCAUUGAUCCACACAACGUGCAUACGUGAUUCAUGCAUGACAUUAGUGUGUCUUUGCCUCGCAUGCAGUCGGAAGGAGACUCUCGCCACCACAUGCUUUACAUCACGUGAAUGAUUUCCAUAUCAAUUUUGUUUCUUGUAUUUACAUUCAAACCGGUUUUUCUCUGCUGGGUAAGCUUAAGCUGUUGUUUGCUGUGUUGUCUGGUUUGUAGUUGCCACGAUACAUACCCUUUGGUGUCUGUGACUGUGCGACAUAAAAAUAGAAACAUUAUUUGUCAACCAAUCAAAUGUAAUGGGAAUAGGAGAAUAUGAAGAUUCUGAAGCAUACAAUGGAUAUCCUUCAAUGGAAAUGAAGAAAUUACUUGAAGAGAAGCUUACAGGCUGAAGACAGAGACUGGCUUGAGGCAUUUCAUCUUGUGGGAUUUUGUGGAGUGGGGAACUACGUGGUACAAUCUUGGUGGAGAAAUGGACCAGGCACAUUUGUUGACUCUUGCAUAAUUCCAGACUACCCAGUCUCAAACAUCAAGAUCGAGGAAAGCAAUCUCAGAUCCCUGGCUUCGGGCUGUAGAAUGAAUCUUGCAUAUUGAGAGAGAGAGAGAGGGGAAGAGAAAGAGAGGAUUGUGAAUGAACCCGUGGAGGAGACCAGUGAUCAGCAAAGAGAAGGUGAAGAGAGGAUUACAGGAAGUAUUAAAAUAAAAAGUACACUCUAGACUUAAUUCAGUAACUCAGCCUUGUUAAAUAUGCUCCACUAAUUCCAGGUACCUUAGAGUGAUUCUCUGUCUCGCUUGUGCUGACUUGAGUUUUCGCAUCAUGGGUUCAGAAGCCUGAAGAAGCAAGCCAGCAAGACUCCAACCACCUCUUGACAAAGUUACCAUUCACCCAUGUCAGACGUAUCCCUACGCCAGUUAGUUUGACAGUACCGUCUGACUGUUUUCUGGUCUGGCUGUUGUCUCUGUGGUGAAGCCUCCAGCUGUGGGUUGCAAUGCCUGUACCCUGCGGGUCUGUCUGGGUCAGAGUGAGGGCUCUGCCGCUGCGCUGAGGUCGGUCUGCCUCCCUGUCUGCCAGCCUGCCGCCCCCAUGAGCCACGCAGGCACCCUACCGAGACGCACCACCUACCUCAUCUCCCUCACCCUGGUCAAGGUCGAAGCGGUAGGGGGUGAUGGAGGGGUCAUCAGGCCCCAGCCACAGCUGGCCCUUGCCCUGGCGAGAGGAGGUGUGGGGGGCCCUGGGUAUGAGGAGGAUGAGGAGCUGAGUAGGACCACUGAGGAUGAGGGAGGACACUCGUGUGCCGUGGGGGAGGGAGAGGGGCACACAGAAAUGGAGGAAGAGCAGCAGGAAGAUGUCAGCUUUGAGGGGGCUGUUCAGGAGAGGGGGAAGCCUGAGAUGAGGGAGAAAGAGAUUCGUGGUCCAGGCUUCUCGAAAGAUAUCACGUUGGUGAUUAAGAACAAGGAGUCUCCCAUCUUACCGAAGAACGUGAAAGACCAAGUGAAGGGGCUUGCAGGGGUGUCAAGUGUCACCUCAGAGGGAGGGCUGAGGAGAGAGGGAACCCGUCCUAAAACAGAGCUCUACAGGGAGCCCCCCAUGCUGUUUCCAAUGGGCGAGGAGGGGAUGGGCGACCCAAGCAGCACCCUCUGCCGGGGCAGCGUGCCCAUCACUGUCCCGCCCAGGCUCACUCAUCGACCCGAGGUCCUGAUGAGGUCACAUGCCGGGGGUGGGGCUGUAAGCCGGCGGGAGUUGAGGGAAGCCAAUCAAAGUAUGCCUCCAUCCGCCAAGAGUCUGGACCGCAAAGACAACCGUAUAGGGGAUCGGUCGCCUAUGACAGGUGCUGCGGCCGCCCUAGGGCCUUACCGAGCGUCCUGGGCAGACAGUGAUGGCAGGACCACCCUCCGUCACCAGGGAGUCAACGUGGGGGGAGGGUUUACAGGCGUGGUGACCAGGGAAAGCCCCCGAGGGGACAGGCUGAAGACAGGCUCCACCUCCCUGCCAGCCCAACCCACCACUCAGGUGUCCAAGCCGGCAAGGAAGGGCAAGAGCCGUACCCUGGACAACAGUGACCUGCACUCUCUCUCUGAGGACCUGAAGAAGGGGAAGGAUGGCAAGUGCCAGGGUCAGGGGGGAACCACCCAGCGCACCCGCGACCGCAAGAUGCUCAAGUUCAUCAGUGGGAUCUUCACUAAGAGUACACCUGCGCCUCCCAGCUCCAACACAACGCCCGCUAUCUAUACACCCAUACAGAGGGGUUCUAGUGAGGAGGAAGCGGCGUGCACUAACAGUCAAGAAUGGACCUUCAGUCCAACCGUCCAAGAGCUCCGUUUGGGGGUGUUGGGAGCUCUCUGCAGUGGAAAGUCAGCCUUGGUCCACAGACACAUGACUGGGAGCUACCUCCCCCUGGAGAACCCAGAUGAGGGCAGGUAUAAGAAGGAGGUGCUGGUUGAUGGUAACAGUCACAUGUUGCUGAUCAGGGAGGAGACAGGACCCCCAGAUGCACAGAUGGCUAGCUGGGUGGACGGGGUCAUCCUGGUCUUCAGUCUGGAGAACGAGGCCAGUUUCCAGGAAGUGUACAGGAACUACAGCGAGCUGGGCACUCACCGCAACAUCGCUGAGAUCCCCUUCAUAGUCGUGGGCACCCAAGAUAAAAUCAAUAGCACCAACCCUCGGGUGAUAGAGGACGCCAGGGCCAGACAGCUGUGUUCAGACGUGAGGCGCUGUACCUACUACGAGACCUGCGCUACCUACGGCCUCAACGUUAACCGCGUCUUCACCGAGGCUGCCCACAAGAUCAUGGCAGUGAAGAAGCAGGCAGCUCUACUGGCCUCCUGUAAAUCCCUGCCCAACUCUCCCAGUCACUCUGGAGGCUCUACCCCAGUGUCAGGAGUCUUUCCUGGACAGGCCAGUAACGGUGGUCAGAGCAGUGACUACUCGUCCUCCCUGCCCUCCACCCCAGUGAUCAGUCAUAAGGAGAUCGGUGGGGCAGCAGGGGGGGAGAGGCUGGGCAGUGCCACCCCAGGGUCUGUCCGCAGCGCCCCCCGGCGACGCACUGGCUCCCGCUUCACGGGCCGAAGGGGCAGUGACUCAGAGAGGAGGAGUACGGACAGUAAGAUAGGAGACCUGGGCAGUGGACGCUCCAUCCCCAUUAAACAGAGUAUCCUACUGAAGCGCAGUGGCAACUCCCUCAACAAGGAAUGGAAGAAGAAAUAUGUCACGCUGUCCAACAACGGCAUGCUCUCCUAUCACUCAAGCGUCAAUGACUACAUGCAGAAUGCCCAUGGGAAGGAAAUGGACAUGCUGCGGGUGACGGUGAAGGUGCCAGGGAAACGCCCGCCCCGUGCUGGUGCCGUCCCUUCCUGUGGCCCUCCGCCCGGCCUCAACGGCCUGGUCAAAGAUGUCCAGGGGCCUGAGGGGGCCAGUGCAGUCCCUGGUAGUGGCAGUAACCUCCUGCCGGUAGAGGAGGGGGCAGGAGGAGGGUUGUCAGAGGGGUGCAGAGGGGUGCAGCGCUGCCCCUCUACUGUCUCCUACAAGGCCCAAAGUGUGGACACUGCCAUCGAGGGUGUGUCCAGCCCCUCUUCCUCUAAAGACACAGGCCCCGCCUCCCCGAUGGUUGACAGGAAGAAGCAUCGCAGGAAGAAGAGCAUGAACCAGAAAGGAGACACAACAAUUGGCCAAUCAGAUCCAAAGCGCAAAAUGUGGAAACUAAAAAGUUUUGGUAGUUUAAGAAACAUAAACAAGACAGGUAAUGAGGACGAGGAUAACUUUGACUUCCUUAUCGUGUCGAGCACGGGCCAGACGUGGCACUUCGAGGCCCAGAGUGUGGAGGAAAGGGACGCCUGGGUGACUGCCAUCGAGAGCCAGAUCCUGGCCAGCCUGCAGCUGUGUGAGAGCAGCAAGAAUAAGGCUCGUAAGAACAGCCAGAGUGAAGCUGUGGCGCUGCAGGCUAUCCGUAAUGCCAAGGGCAACAGCCUCUGUGUGGACUGUGAAGCACCUAACCCAACGUGGGCCAGUCUGAACCUGGGGGCUCUGAUCUGCAUUGAGUGUUCAGGGAUCCACAGGAACCUGGGCACCCACCUGUCCCGUGUCCGCUCUCUGGACCUGGACGACCUGCCCAGAGAACUCACCCUGGUGCUGGGUGCCAUUGGCAACCACCUGGCCAACAGCAUCUGGGAGGGACGCACGCUGGGCCGCCGGAAACCCACACCCGACGCCACCCGAGAGGAGCGGGAGUCGUGGAUCCGGGCCAAGUAUGAGCAGAGGCUGUUUGUGGCUCCGCUGGUCCCGCCCUCCCCCUCCAUGUCCCACAGCCAGGGGUCAGAAGUCAACACGCUGUCGGCCCGUCUGCUGGUGGCCGUGAUGGAGAGGGACCUCCCCCGCCUGCUCCUCCUCCUAGCCCACAGCACCAAGGACGACAUUAACGCCCCCCUCCGCCCAGGGGGUCACCUCUCUCCUCACCCCCCUGCUGCGUCCCCCAGCUCUCCCAUGGGGGGAUCCCCACUGCUGCCCCACUCAGCGCUCCACGCCGCCUGCCAGCUCGCCGACGUGAUCAUGACCCAGCUGCUGGUCUGGUAUGGCAGUGAUGUGAGGUGUCGGGACGCCCAGGGGCAGACAGCCCUCACGUGGGCGCGUUACGCUGGCAGUCAGGAGUGUGCCGACAUCCUCCUGCAGUACGGCUGCCCCAACGAGCCGGCCCCCUCGGUUGCCACGACGCCCAGCUCUGUCGCCACGACACCCAGCCUUUCCCGCAAGAGCAGCGCCGCCAGCCUCAGCCGCAGCAUCAGCUCCAGAAGAGCAGUGUCUUAAUGUGAGAACUCUGUGUGAAAGUGUAAGUGUGCAUGUGUGUGUACGUGUAAGAGGGUGGGUAUGUGUGGUCGGGUGGAUGUGUGUGUGUGUUUGUUAGAAUAAUGAUGUGUGUGUGUGUGUGUGUGAGGUUGUGUGGGUGGUGCAUGUGUGUUUGUAACCAUAUGCAUGCCAGGUUAGCUCUAGUUGAAGGGGGAGGCUGUGUCAUCACAGUGUCCUCUAAAAGGAACCCAUAAAGUCACACCAGGACGUAGUCACAGACCAGAAGGACUGAAUGGACAAGCAGCUAACACUGUCACCACCCUUAGUGGUGCACAGGUCAGCUGUUUGUUCACCCACACCCGACCACAAUUGGUAAAUAACCCAUCCGCAACCGCCCGACUAUCUGUGAUAAAGUGAAAAUCUGAGGCCCGAGCCUAACCCGCAAAUAUAGAAAAUGUGCUAUAUAGGCAUAUGCUUAUGCUUAUAAUUUCUGACAUUUUGGUAGGUUAUUUGUUAGUCAACUCAUCUAUAAUUAGAUACAUGCAGCUUAUUUU